AAUUUAUAAGAAUGUCCUAGUUACUGGGAAUACCAGAUACAUUAAUAGGAUAAAAGUAGCUGACAAAAUAGGGAAAUAAGAAAUUCUAAUAUAAGCUAUGACAGGAAAAAUUUUUGGACUUUUUUCCAGGGAGAACUGUUACUGACUUCCAUGCUAAAGCAACUAUUUGAGUCCUAGAAUCAGAUUAUCCACUUGACCCAAAGCCUGCUAGCAUUCUAGAAUGUGGUGAUUUUGACCUCUGACAAAAAAAUAACAGAACUCAUUUCAGCCAAUCAGAAACCAAACUUUUCAUUUCUCAUGGAAUAGUAUAAUAGAAGACUCUAAAUCACGUUAAGUGUGGGUUGAGAAAGACAUAGUGGGAUUGAAACUGAAGCAGUCUGUUGUUAACUUUGCUUUGGCUUCUAACAAGAAGGCUUUAGAUUCAGAAGGUGUCCUGCAUUGGUCUUCCACUGGACGCAGUGAGAGGAGUGAGAGUCCUCCAGCCUCUAGCUAGAAACUCGCAGACCACGCAAGAGAUGGAGAAAAGAGAACUAAAGGUGUCUGUUCCAAGAUUUGACAAGAUUCCCUGGUUUAGUGAGGCCAGCUUCAUGAACAAGCCAUUAGUGCUCAGCCUCCCCAAAAGAUAUCCUCAUUCCUCUGCCACUUUUCUGGUUGCAUCCAAGAAGGACAUGAAUUUGCCAAUUUUGUUCCAAGUUCCAGAUAUCUUAUCUAAGGCCGGGUGGAACCAGAACGACCCCACGCUGAUCAGAAACAAGCAGCUGUGCUCCACAUGUCGAGAUGUGAAAAUGGUGCAACCAAAAACUCUAAUAAUCCCUGAUGAUCUGAAACUAUCCUUUGCAAAUAUUAUGAAUCAUAGAAUGAUGAGUCUCCAUCAGCCAAAAGCCCAGAUUGUACCCAAACGGUCUCGUGAUGACAUCCUAACAGAGAACGUUCACUACAGACUGCCCAUUCUGGGCCCCAGGACAGCUGUCUUCCACAGACUUCUGUCAGAUGCCUACGAAACCCUGCAGGAGACACAACUCUCUUCCCUGCCCAGGAAAGAACCAGUGAACAAAGCAGUGAGUCAGUGAGUGGUGGGCACUCAUCACCUUCCAGAUGCUGAGAGAGAAAGCCGCCUCACCCAGUGAGGUUCUGACACUAGUGCCUUCACAUCACUUCCUCUUAGUAUGAACAAGGUGACUCAAUUUUGCCUCUUAACCAUUGUUAAGGUUCUAGCUCUUACCAGUAUCUUCUCAUUUCUCCUAAAGAUAAAAUAGUUUAAUGGACAUGAUUGUAAACAUGUGAUGAUUAAAAUGGAACAUUUUGAGUGUCA